AUGUUAUUCUUUGAUUUCGAGUGUCGUCAGGAAAAUGGAAAUCAUGAACCCAAUUUAUGCGUGAUUCAGAACGAAGCUGGUGACGAAUGGGUUUUUGAAGGGGAUAACACACGGAACGGGUUUUGCGAAUGGUUGUUUCAAAAAGAACGGGCAAAUUGUGUCGUGAUGGCCCAAAAUUUCCAAGGGUACGACAGUUACUUUAUUCUGCAAUACUUACGGGAAAACGGUGUCAAGUACGAUGUCAUCAUGCGCGGUGCCAAAGUCCUUUCCUUAUCUGUGGACAUGUUCAAGAUCAGAUUUAUCGAUUCCUUGAACUUUAUCCCGAUGAGAUUGGCAGAUUUUCCAAAAACCUUUGGCAUAGAAGAGCUAGCAAAAGGGUACUUUCCGAAUCUUUUCGACAAGAAAGAAAACGAGAAUUAUGUGGGAUCGAUCCCACCCACUCCCUACUACAAUCCGAACGGAAUGAGUCCUGCAGCGAAGGAAAAGUUUUUACAUUGGCAUAGAAAUUUGAAAGACAAUGAUUACGUGUUCAACUUCCAAGAGGAAAUUCUCGCUUAUUGUCGUUCCGAUGUGGAUAUUUUGCGACGCUGUUGCUUGGAAUUUCGCGAACUGUUCCGUGACGUUACUAAAAUCGAUCCCUUUGAGAAAUGCCUUAUCAUCGCGUCCGCAUGCAAUCAAGUGUAUCGGACAAACUAUCUUCGAGAAAACACCAUUGCCAUCAUCCCACCGCGCGGUUAUUGUCCCGAAAACAAACAGUCCCUUCUUGCACAAAAAUGGUUGUCGUAUACGGCCGAACGAAACGAGAUCUGCAUACAGCAUGCUCGCAACGGCGGAGAGAAACGUGUUGGUCCGUAUUUGCUGGAUGGUUAUCAUGAAGAAACCCACACGGCCUAUGAAGUCCAUGGAUGUUUCUGGCAUGGCAAGUGUUUGAAUAAACGCCUCCCUCGAAUAGACGCCCCUUAGAAUAGUAUUUUAGAAUAGUAUUUUUGUUUAUUUCUGACAGGAUGUAUAAACUGUUACGCUCGUGAUACAAUGAACCCUGUCAAAGGUAAAACCAUGCACGAUCUUCAUCAAAAAACCGUGGAAAAGAUACAGUAUUUGAAAAAUCAAGGCUACAACGUGGUAGAAGUUUGGGAAUGUAGAAUCAAUCGGGAAUUGGCAGAUAAUGAAGACAUGAAAUAUUACUUUGAUCAAUAUGAUGGAGUCGAUCCCUUGGAACCUCGUGAUGCUCUAUAUGGAGGACGAACCGACGCGUUGAGACUUUACCAUGAGUGUAAUCAUGAUGAGAAAAUAAGGUAGGACAAAAAAUUUUUGACGUUAUGUUUUUACGUUAUGUAUGACGUCAUGUUUUACUACGUCAUGUAUGACGUCAUGUCUUACGUCAUUCUAGAUAUGUGGAUUUUACAAGCCUUUACCCCUGGUGUAAUAAAAUGACGCGAACGGUUGUGGGACAUCCACUUAUCACCGAGAACUUUGACGACAUCUCCACCUAUUUUGGUCUGGUCAAAUGCACAGUGCUUCCACCUCGAGGUCUGUUUCACCCAUAGAUAUAGGAGAUCUAGAUUGCUAACGCAUACCUAGCGCAGGCGGGGCCAACAUGAUAAAUCCAAGAUGGCGGUACAACAGGGCAAAAAGACUAUAGAUUCUAUUACGAAAAUCAGGAUUUUUGCAUUUUUUGCCGUCGCAUUGUUUCGAAACUUAUUCGGUCAAAUUUUAUGGUAAAGAGAAACUUACCGCGAAGAUUUUGAGCAUAUAUAUGAUUGAAUUGGAUGAAAACUCGCAAAAUUAUCCAUGGAUAAAAGUUCGUGUAUAGUACUGAUAUAGUACUAUAUAUGUAACUUGUACAGUUUUGCUUUAAUUUUUGCUCACUAUUUGCAUAAAAAGCAAAUUAUAACAGACCAUAGAUGAUAGACCCUCAUCCAGUGCUCUCAUCAGUUUACUUCUCUAACAAGCAAGGAGGGGGGGGGGGGGGGGUAACAGUUCAUUUUUCAUAAUUAUGAGGACAGAGCAGAUGAUGAUGAGAGAUGCAAGUAUAAAACACCAUUCACAAGGCUAGAUGUUAACAUAGCACAGUAUUUCCGGCAAUAAAACGCUCCAACUGACCAACUGACCAUUUCACACGAACUUGUAUCGCUGGAUAAUUUUGCGAGUUUUCAUCCAAUCCAAUUAUAUAUAUGCUCAAAAUCUUCGCGGUAAAUUUCUCUUUACCAUAAAAUUUGACCGAAUAAGUUUCGAAACAACGCGACGGCAAAAAAUGCAAAAAUCCUGAUUUUCGUAAUAGAAUCUAUAGUCUUUUUGCCCUGUUGUACCGCCAUCUUGGAUUUAUCAUGUAGGCCCCGCCUGCGCUAGGUAUGCGUUAGCAAUCUAGAUCUCCUAUAUCUAUGGUUUCACCCUGUUCUUCCUUAUCGCACCCAAGGCAAGUUGAUGUUUCCACUUUGCAAGACCUGUGCCGAUGCCUGUAACCAGACUCCCUGCGACCAUUCCGACAGUGAAAGAGCCAUUCAGGGUACAACAUGGUGUAGAGUGGAGCUGGAGAAAGCGUUGGAAAAAGGUUAUCAAAUUGUACAAAUUCAUGAAGUGUGGCACUUUCCCGAAACCUCGGAUGACCUGUUCAAAGAUUAUAUUGACACAUUCCUGAAAAUUAAACAAGAGGAGAGUGGGUACCAGAAAGAUUGCGUCACCGAAGAGCAGAAGCAACAUUACGUGGACGAGUACCUUGAAAAAUCGGGAAUCCAUUUGGACCCCCAUAAGAUCGAAUACAAUCCUGGAUUACGCGCUCUGGCUAAAUUGAUGUUGAAUUCGUUCUGGGGUGAGCACCAUGCUUUCAUUGAUAUAUUUUCGCUACAUGAUACUUAA